AUGAACGCUCGUAAUUGUAUUAAUUUAACGGGAUUAGUUAAACUGUUGCAAUUUCCAUACAUAAAUAAAAAAAAUUUAAUAAAAAUUGAAAGAUGUUUUUCCGUUAAUCAUUAUAACAGGACAAGUUGUGGGGGUGGUGGUGGUGGUGGUAGCAUAGCUAACAAAUCGCAAAAAAUAUUAAAACAUAACGUAUUCGAUAGAAAAUGUAAAUUAUUGCAAAGGGAAAAAGCGGCCUCAUCGAAAGACGUUGAAGUUUACGAUUAUUUAAAAGAAGAAAUAGGUUAUAGAGUCUCUGAUAGAAUAUUUAAUAUAAAAAGAAAAUUUGAUACUGUGAUUGAUUUAGGAUCGAGUCGGGGUUACGUAUCGAAAAAUAUAGAAUCGGAUACGAUUAAAAAUUUAAUCAUGGUCGAUAAUAGCGAAUUGCUUUUAUCCCAAAGUUUUUGUAACGAUCCUAACGUUAAUGUGAAAAAAGUCGUCUGUGAUGAAGAACAUUUAGAAGAUGUUUUCCAACCUGAAACAAUUGAUAUGGUCAUAAGUAAUUUAGCAUUACAUUGGGUGAACGAUUUACCCGACUGUUUCAAACAAGUUAAUAAAAUAUUAAAAGUUGAUGGAGUUUUUUUAGGAUCAAUGUUUGGAAUAGACACAUUAUAUGAAUUAAGGUCUUCGUUACAAUUAGCCGAACUCGAUAGGAGAGGAGGCAUUUCUCCACAUGUUUCACCAUUUACAAAACCAACAGAUAUAAGCAGUUUAUUAUCAGCAGCAAAUUUUAACAUGCAAACAGUUGAUGUAGAUGAAAUAGUUGUGAGAUAUCCUACAAUAUUUGAAUUAAUGAAUGAUUUAAAAGGUAUGGGUGAAAGUAAUGCGGCAUGGAAUAGGAGUUUACACAUUUCCAGAGACACUUUAUUAGCUGCAUCUGUUAUUUACAAAGAACUUUAUGAUUUGACUGGAAUACCGGCAACUUUUCAAAUAGUUUAUUUCAUAGGAUGGAAACCUGAUCCGUCGAAGCCUCAAGUCGAACCCAAAGAUCCUACAAUGAUAUCAUUAAGAGAUUAUUAUAAUUUGGGUAGCAUAGCUGAAAUGGGACCAGAAAAGGUUUAA